AUGGAGCUGGAUCUUGGACGGAACAACAUCACGGGUGCCAUCCCAGAUAAUUUUCCUCCCACUUGCGUCCUCAGUUAUCUUGAUCUUAACAGAAACAGUUUACAGGGGAGAAUCCCCAAGUCCCUCCAAAGUUGCGAGUUAUUGGAGUUCAUGAAUGUCGGGGACAACAUCAUCUACGACACUUUCCCAUGCAUGCUUCCAUCCACCUUGCGUGUUCUUGUUUUGCAGUCCAACAAAUUCCAUGGAGAAGUGAGGUGUCGCACCAACUGGCCAGAUCUUCAAAUCGUCGACAUAUCUUCAAAUAAUUUCAGUGGAAGUCUGGAAUCGAUCAACUUCUCGAGUUGGACGGCAAUGACACAACUAAGGCAUGAGUCUUCGAGCUUCUAUACGAGUGGCGUGAUAUUGACAGUGAAAGGGCUAAGGAGGGAGCUUGGUGACAUUUGGUCAGACUUUGGUACCAUUGAUUUCUCUAGCAACAACUUCAGAGGAAGGAUACCAAAUGCAAUUGGUGAUCUUAUCACACUGCGACAUCUCAACUUCUCCCACAAUGCCUUCAAUGGAACCAUCCCAACGUCGUUUGGGCAAUUGAGCAAGCUCGAAUCACUCGACCUCUCUAGAAACCAAGUGUCGGGGGUGAUUUCACCGGAGCUUGGAGGGCUCACAUUUCUUUCCUUCUUAAAUCUGUCGUACAAUAAGUUGGUAGGACAGAUCCCAAAUGGCCCUCAGUUACGAACGUUUACGGCUGAUUCCUUCAAAGGAAAUCCAGGGUUGUGUGGUUUUAAUGAUUCAAUAAGCUGCAGUCGUAGGGAUCACAAUAAUUCAUCCCCAGGAGAAGUCGAAAAUGGGGAAGAGAAGAGGGAGAUUGAGUGGACAUUCGUAUUUGCUGCACUUGGAUAUGUUGUGGGCUUAGGAAUCAUUGUGUGGCUACUUCUAUUCUGUCGAAGCUUCAGAGUGAAAUACUUUGGAAAAAUAGAAGAGGUUGUUGAAGACAUAUUGGUUGCCAGAGACAGGAGAAGAGCGAGGAAUCGAGCCAGGACACAAUAG